AUGGUCGUGUCGCUCGAGGCCCAGGUCACUUCCGACGCCCAGAGGGAGGCCAAGUCCGACGCAGCAGCGGACGAGCUUGUCUCGGCCGAGGUCAAGCUGGCCAACGAGAAGCAGGCGCUGCAGGAUGGCCCGCUCUUCGACCUGGAGGGCCUCGAGGUGUCGGCCGAGCAGCUCCAGCAGUUCAACACGCUCAAUGCAAUGCUGGCGGCUUCGGUGCAGGACGCGGUGCGCGCCCAUUUCGGCCCAGGGGCGGAUGCGCCCAGGGCCCAACGUGAGCAACUCGAGGAGCUCAAAGCUCUCCGCACCUCCUUCAAGAAGAGGGGCGCGAGGUUCAUUUAUUCGGCUUGGGCCCAGGCUGUCAACGUGCAUGACGAGAUGGCCCAGCGGGAGAUGGUCUGCUCUAUGCGCGUCAUACUCUUUCAAGAGCACAAGUUGCGCGCGCCAAUAUCCAUCGAGGUCGAAUCGACCACCUUGGAUCGCCGGGAUUUGCUCGACGGGGAAGCGCUCGCAAGCGUGUGGGGCAAGACUUGCGAAUGUGCUGAGCGCGAGCUUGUGGGCGUCCUGGGCUUCAAGCUCGAGCGUCGCAUCGAGGCAGGAUGCGCUGGGCUUCGCCGCGAUCUAGGAGAGCGGGCCGCUUUCGUUCGUUCGCAGUUGGAUCGCCUCCGGAGGUUUGGGUUGCAGGGCGAGGCCCUCGGCGGGCAGGCCCUCGAGAUCAUGGGCCUGCAGCGCCGCGCAGUCGCCGCCGCUCAGUUCAUCGGCUUCAACCUGAUGACCUACGGUUUCGCUUUGUUUGCACCCCUGAUGCCGGACUUCAAGAACAACGUGUCCAAAAAGGCAGCUUAG